AUGAGUUUGAAUCUCGCGAUUGCCAAUUUGGGAGUAGAGCUUUACAUUUCAGGCGUUCGAGAGUUUGAGCUUCCAAAUGUAGAUAGUACUACAAAUAGUACAGUGAAUUGUAUUUGUGUAUUGUGGUUGCCAUAUGAGGAUCCCUUGGAAAUAUUUGGGCUUCAACAAGGUAUUAGGUGGGAUCCAAUUUUGGGAAGAAGGUGCACAGGAGUAGCAGUUGCAAGACCAUGUACAAAACCCGGGAAGUUAAGAUCUCUGGAAUGCGAUUUUACGACAUAUAUCCAUGCAUUGAAUAUUGCCAAAGUCAAGUAUGUUCAUAACAAAAAUCUUGAUUCAGUUUCUGAUAAUUCAGAAAACGAGAGUUAUGAAGCAUCUAAUUCUGAAGUUCCAAUUAAAAAUAGUAUUGGAUUUCCUAAAUUUGAGGACGCAAUCAAGUUCAGUGUUGAAUUUCCACACAAAUAUUACAGUAACCAAUGUUUUGAAGAUUUUUGUCUUUUUAAGCCUAAUUUGGAUGAAGUUGAUCGUCUUUUGUGUUCUGAAGAUGGGUAUGAGGAGCCAAUACCAAUAUUUGUUUCACUAGGAUAUAUUUCAGAGACUUCUCAGAAUUCCAGAGUAUUUAGACCGGCUUCAAAGUGGAGAAGACCAAUAAAUGCAAUUGGAGAUGGAAAAUAUAAUUUGCAAAAUUCAAAUCCAAUUAAUUGGAUUGGUACUGCAGUAUUGACAAAAGAUGACUGGAUUAGAAGUUAUUCAUCUGGGAAAGUAUUUCCGUUAAAGCUUCUUCCUCAUUACCAAUUAAUGUCUCUCGUUGCAGACUAUCGUAGGCAAAUAUUAGACAAAAACAAUAACAAAGAAGAGAAAGUAAAUUCUCUAUUUAUAACCUCAUUAAUGAAUGACAUUGAAAAGCUUAAAAAGAGUAUUUUAAGAUCAGAUAAUAGAAAUAAUCAAAUAUCAGAUAAUGAAAGAUAUGAUGAUUUUGGAAUUAUUCAAGUACAACUUAAAACUUUUAUAUCUUAUCCAAUUAAAACGGAAGGGGCAUUAAAACCUUUAGUUAGUGUUUACCAUCGUCAAGAUUUAAAGAAUCAGUUUUGUUUGGCAAGCCUUUGCUGUAUAGAUGUAAUUCUUUUAGACAAUGUUCCUGCUUGGAGUGACAUUGAUAUAUGGGAUAUGGCACAUUCAAAGAUUCACAUUUGUGUAUUAUGGAAACAUGAAAGAAGAAUUCUGCAUGAAGGAGGUAAUGCAUUAGAGUUAUUUCCAUAUAGAUGUGUAGAAAUCAAUGGUCUACCAGAAAAUAUCGAGUUUAAAGAUAUAGAUGCUAUCAAGGAAAAAAAUAUGAGAAUAAGAUGUUUGUUUUCCGGAAGGGUAUUAUUAACCCCAGUUCCAGGUAGUGAGCCAAGCAUAUACAUAUAUAUGUUAUUAAAUGGUAAACCAUUUUCAUGUAUUCAAAAUCCGAUUUCUAUGAAAGAUUUUAACCCUAAUCAAUUAAAUGAUCAUAUAUAUUAUGAUAUGGAUAGAAUUGAACCAAGUGUUGAAAGUGUUCUUAAAGAAUUUGAGACAAAAGGAAGAUAUUCUGGGACUUUAAAAUGUAAAAUUAAUGUAUGGCCAGAUAAAUCCAGUUUUUUGUCUAAAAAAGAAUAUUCUUAUCUAAAUCUUCGUCCCCAAAAGGGAAUUGUGUAUAACAUAUUACACGAUUACCAGACUAAAAUGCCUGACCAUUAUUCAGCCCCAACUUUAAGUCCAUACGGCGUCUGGGUAGGAUAUUCAGUCAAUGACAAAAGUGAGGAGUUCAUUUGUUCUCAGAAAUUCCAAAAUUUAUUUGAUGAAGCCAUUUAUCAAAUUGAUUCUGCAAAAAAUGAAGAGAAGUUACUAAUACCCAUCGAAGAUUAUUCAGAUGACAAAAAAGUUGAUAUGGAUAGUGCUGAUGAUAACUUUAAUGAUAUGUAUUCUAUUAAUAAAGAGGCCAAUGAAGUCCAAAAAUUGGACCCAGAGUAUAUUGAAGGCAAUUUAAAGAGAUUUAAUCAAGAUAAAAAAUCUUGUAAACCAUAUGUACCUCAUAUGAGCACUUUACUAGGGUCGGGAAUACGGCCAGGAGUUGCUGGAGAAUGGAUUACUUUUACAAUUCAAUCUAGAGAUGAGGAUGGAAAUAAAUCUUCAAUUGGCAAGAGUAAAAUUCAUAUUCGUUUAAGAUCGGUUGGAUAUAUUAAAUAUACAUUUACAGCUGAACCAUAUGGAUUAGAGUAUAAAAAUCCCAAAAAUGAUGCAUUAAUUAAUGUUAGCGAAAGUGAAGUAUGUAAAGUUGGUGUAGAUCAAAUGGAUGUUCCAAUAGAAUGGUGUUCUGUUGAAUCUUAUUAUGGUGUGUAUAAUUGUAGGAUGAGAUGUGAGAAAUCUGGUCAAUAUUUAUUGAGAAUCACAAUGGAUGGCCUCCCUAUAGCAGGCUCUCCAUAUGAUGUUAUUAUUACUCCAUCAAUUCCAGAAUCAAAAGCAUCCUCAACUAUUGGUGAGGGGACUAUUAGAUGUAAAGCAUGCCCAACAGUUAAUUAUAUGGUCAAUAUUGAAGUUAUUAAAGCAUGUAAUGGUAAAAUUCCAAAAUAUAUUAAUUCUUUUAUUGUUAUACUAUGCGAUGAGUUUGGAAAUCGUAUCUCUACUGGAGGACACCAAUUAAAAGCAAAAUUUAAUUCUAGUAUUGGGAAAAUACAUGCAAUAUAUGAUAAUUGGGAUGGAUCUUAUGUUAUUUAUUACACUGUUCAUUUGGAGAAAACAAUACAAAAUUUUGAUCAAAAAAUCAUAGAUAAGAUUAAUUCUAUAUGUUAUAAAAAAAAUAAUUCAAGCCAGUUAAGAAGUAAUACAAGUAUAGAUCCAACAACAACAACAACAACAACAAGAGCAAUAGAGCAAGCACUAGGAAUCAAUACAAGAGUAACCAAUACAAAAAUUGAUUUUAAUAGUGAAGAGCUUGGGGGGUUAUUUAAUACAAGAAAGAUUCAACAUAUGUCCAAUUUUGAAUAUGAUGAAACAUUUUUGGAUUCAGAAGAAAUAAUUGUUUCAAAUAUUUGUGAUUUAGAAAUUUGUGUUUAUUUAAAUAAUAGACCAAUAUAUGGGUCUCCAUUCACUCCAUAUAUAGAAAAUUUGGUAGAAAUACAAAAUUGGUAUAAAUAUGUAGAUUUAAAUUCUUCAGAAAGUACUGAAAGAAAGUUUGAAAAGUUACUAGAAUCUGAUGAUUUUGAAGGAGCAAUAAAAUUGAUGAAAGAACUAGAAAAGAAAUAUUUACAUGAUUUUAAGGUAAUAUUAGAAGAGUUAGAAAGGAAACCAACAGAACAGGAAAGAAUAAUGGAUAAAGUUGGAAAGAUUUCAGACGAACAAGAUCAAUGGACAUUAUUACAAAAAAAUAAACAACGUUUGGAACAAAUUAUAAAGGAUAAUAAUGAUCGAGAAAAUUUGAUUUUGACAUUUGGAAGAUUUUUGUUAAAAAGAUUAGAAAGUCAAAUGAUAAGAAGACAAAGAGUGGAUUCUGAUUUAUCUUCAUAUAGAAUAUUAAAAGAGAAUAAUUUAGAACCAUUAUGUCAUAGUUUAGAAGUUGAGUAUAAUAAAUUCCAACAACAAAGAACAAGAGAAUUAAUACGUUUAGUAUCAUUAUUAGAAACUAAUAAAUUAAAUUCAUUAGAAGAAUUAAUGGAAUUAUAUCAAUUAAUUGCUGAUGAAUUGAGAUCAUUAGGACGUGGAAAUUUAGCAAAUCAGUUUGAUUUGGUUAAUAGAUGUUUAAUAGAAGAACAACAAUUAACAAAUAUACGUGAAAGUUUACAAAGAAAGAGUGAAGUAUUAGCAAAGAUGGAUGAAAUGGUAACAAGUAGAGAGAAAGCAUUAGAAAUGAUCUUAUCAAAUUAUAAUGAAGCAAUCAAAAUGGAGGAGGAUCAUUUAGAUCAUGAAAUUGAUCAAAUCAAAGUUGAUGUAUUAAGAAAGUUAAAUUUUAAUCCAAGCACAGAAGUACAAACAGAGGAUUCAUUAUCAUUCACAGAUACAAUAGUUGGUCCAUUAAUAUUGGAUAGAGUAUUAGGUAUAAGAGAUGAUUAUUCAAGAAAUAAACUUAAUAAUAAUCAUAAUAUGAACAAAAACAUUUUUAAUAAAAACUUAUCUAUUUCACCUCAUAAUGAUGAUGAUUAUGCAAUUAAUGUAAUUAAAAUGUAUUGGAAACCUUUAAUGGAAUGGGAUUUAAAAUGUUUUGUUAAAAUAUUAAAACAAUGUCCUAGAAUAUCAAUAUGUUUGAGAGAAUUGUUUUCAUAUUUUGCAAACACAAGAUGGAAAAAUAAUGAAACUCAAAUGAGUAUAUAUGGUGAUUUAGUUAAUAAAAAUGAUGGUGGUAAUUAUUAUUUAAUGAAUAGAAAUAAUAAUUUUAAUAAUACAGAAAUGGAAGAAAAUAUGAAUGUUAAUAAUCAUAAUAAUAUAAUGAAUAAUAUUUUGACAAAUUCAAAUGAUAAUUCAUCAUUAAGAUAUUUUAAUGUUAAUAAUAAUUCAUCUUUUAAAUCUUUAAAAGAUGAUAUUAUGAAACCAAAUAGUAAAUGGUCAGUAGGAUCACCAUUUGUUACAUCAGAUGAUCCAAAUAUGAGUAUUUAUAGAAAAGCAAUGGGAAUAACUAGAAAUGGAUUUAAAAGAUUAGUUAUUUCAUUAAAUUUAUCACCAGAAUUAAUUAAAUCUGAAAAAAUUAUUGAAGAUUUAUUUAAUAAGUAUAGUAUGGAAAGAAUAUCAAGUAAUUUAAAUUAUGGUAAUAGAAAUGUAAGGGUAAUAACACAGGAAUUAUGGAUACCUUUAUUAAGAGAAUUAGCAUAUAUUAAUGCAUUAAUACGUUUUGAUGUAUUAAGACAAUCAACUUUGGGUCAAAGUGCAAUAUUAAGAUUACAUAAAGAAAUUAAUGAUUUAACAGGAAAAGUUGAUUAUUCUGUAUGGGAAAAUAAUACAUCAAGUAUUAUUGUUAGUGAUAAAUUAUUAAUUAAUUUAGAAAAUGAUGAUCAAAAUUCUCAAAAUAAUAACAAUAAUAAUUUGAAUAAUAGAGAAUCAGGGAAUCAUAUUAAUCAUACACCAUCAUCAGGAGUAGCAGUAACACAAGAUAAUAUUAAAGAUUUAAAUAGAGUAACAGCAUUUAGACAUUUUUGUGAAUUACAUUUAAUACCAUUAUAUAAACAAGUUUAUGGAAAUGAAGAUUUCUCAACAAUGUUAAUGUUACCAUUUUCAAAAGCAUUAUUUACUGAACAAGAUGAAUUAUUACGUGGAUUAGAAAUUAUUGAAACCAAAGAUGGAGGAAUUAUUGGAGGAGGAAUUAUUAGUAAUCAAUUAAUUUCUGGUCAAGAAUUAAUAGAAAAUUCAGGUGAAGAAUUAAUAAAGGGUAAAAAAGGAUAUUUAGCAAGCCAAUCAACACAUGAAAGAGUUGAAUGUAAAAUUAAUAAUUGUUUAAAGAUUGUUGUAUCACAAUUAAAAAUGAAUAUAGCUUCAGCAAUAUUUAUUCAAUUAGCAUCAAAAAGUAUGAAAGGAUUUGAAUUUGAUAUAACACGUGAAUUAGUCAAUUAUAAAAGAAUAACAAAUGAUGAUGAUAUAUUAAAAAAUUAUUAUGUAACAGAAUUUGAUUACAUUAAACCAUUACAAUUAUAUGAAUAUUUAACAAGUACAGGUAUUAUACCAGGUCAUAUAAGUGGUAAUGAUAUGCAUAAUAUUGUUGAAAAAGUUUUAUCAUCAAGAGAUGAAUAUUUACCAAAACAACUACCAGUAACUUAUAAAUAUUCAAAAUAUUUAUCAUUUCCAGGAUAUAUUGAAACAUUAUCAAUGUGUAUAGCUAAAGGUAUAGUACGUAAAUUAUCAGGAUCAUUAUGGAGUGAGGGUGAUAUAAAAACAGAAGUUAUUGAACAUUUGGUAUUAUUUAAUUUAUAUGAUACAGUAAUAAGAAUAUAA